CUUUCACCUCUAGCUGAGUUCAAAAUUCUUCAUGUCGGGUCGACUCCCUCGCAUUCCACGGUUCACGCUCUUCUCCGGUCCCAAUUGCUCUCUGUGUGAUACGGCCAAAUCCGAGUUGGCGAAAGUCAGGCAGUUGCGCCAAUUUCAGCUGGACAUUGUCAACAUCCAAGAACCCGGGCAGGAGAAGUGGAAGCGCAAAUACGUUUACUGGAUCCCGGCGUUACAUCUGGAUGGAAAAGAGAUAGCAAAGGGUCGAUGGGAUUCGAGCACGGUCAAUCAGGCUCUGGAAGUCUGGGACAAGCAGAAGACGGAGGACGAUGUUUUCGCGAGGGGGGGUCCGUAUGGAUGGGAACCUAGUGGCAUCUACGUACGACACAGUCUGGAGGUCUUGGGACACGAGGAAACCAACGACGUCCCCCAAAAUUCGAAUAAACAUCUAUGUUUCAACUGUGGUUCUCCAGACCAUUCCGUCUCGUCGUGUCCUAAACACAAGGAUCGCGAGUUGAUAGCGAUGUCGCGCCAGCUGUUCGAGUUCCUCCAAGAGCCAACGGCCCUGACCGACUUUCGACGGUUGCAUCACACAGAAGCGUGGCGUCAGCAGAGACUAGACUGGCUGGAGCUUUUCAAACCGGGAGAAGUGAGAGGACAGCUGUUGAGGGAGGCUAUUGACCCCGGGGAGGGCGACUGGUUGGAGAAUAUCGCAAUCUGGGGAUAUCCCAGAGGCUGGGUUGGUGUCACAGACCCCCAAGCUCUGGUCAGACAGAGAAUAAUGGACGAAUACUCUGACAGUAGCCCUGAUGAGCAAGAUCUUUCGGUCGUACUGGGUGAAGACAUCUUGGGCGACCGCUCGCAAUAUUUAAAUUUUGACGAUUCGGAUUCCAUGCAGUCUAGCCAUGAAUCAAUAUCCUCGUCUAGCGCUACCUCUCUACCGCGACGGUGGGCUGAGUAUCCCAACACCCAAUUCUCGUCCGAGCUCUUGCCCAUCUAUACGGGGAUAGCUUUUCCUCCCGUUGAAUUUGAAGGCAGUUCUACGUACACGGAUGAGCGUCGUGCCCUUUGGGAAAGUAUCAUCAAUCCCCCAGCAUCCUCGUAUCCUCCGCCGCCACCGCCACCUACAUCCAGUCCACCCCCAUUGCCUCCUGCUCUUCCUCCGUAG